GGCUUGCACGAGCGGCAUAGCUAACACUUUCGUGUCACAGCGUCCUUCCGCUCUACAAGCUGCAACUCACCCCUUAGCAGUGUUGCAAUUUCGAAGACACGAUGCGUGGAUUGAUGCAAGAGUCACCCCUGAAUAUCUGUCAAAUCCUAGACCAUGCCGCGAAAUGGCAUCCUGAACAGCUUGUCAUCUCGCGAAGCGUGGAAGGUCCAGUCACAUCCUAUACAUACGCGGACCUGCACCGCCGCGCCCGACUAUGCGCCAUUGCGCUAGGGCAGCUGGGCGUGCGUCAGGGUUCCUUCGUAGCCACGUUGGCAUGGAACACCAGUCGCCACAUGGAGGCAUGGUACGGCAUCAUGGGCUGCGGGGCGGUGUGCCACACACUCAACCCGCGCCUCUCCGCCAAGGAUAUCACCUACAUCGCACAUGACGCGCAGGACGAGCUGGUGCUGGCUGACGCCACCAUGCUGCCGCUGCUGGGUCAGGUGCUGCCGGGAGUGCCCUCGGUGCGGGCGGUGGUGCUGCUGACGGACAGGCUCAACAUGCCUCCCCCCGAGGCGCUGUCCUCUCUGUCGGGCCCCGGCGGCACCCCCGUGCCGGUGCACUGCUACGAGGAGCUGCUGGGGGCGGCUGCGGGGCUGCCGGGGGCGCUGGCGGGCUUCAGGUGGGCGGUGGUGGAUGAGAAUGCGGCAUGCGGCAUGUGCUACACCAGCGGCACCACCGGCAACCCCAAGGGAGUGCUCUACUCGCACCGCUCCAACUACCUGCACGCACUGCUGCUGCUCCAGUCCGACAGCCUGCCGCUGUCCAGCAGCUCCUGCUGUCUGGCGGUGGUGCCCAUGUUCCACGCCAACUCCUGGGGGCUGGUGUUCGCAGCGCCCAUGGUGGGGGCGCGGCUGGUGUUGCCGGGUCCCCACCUGGACGGCCCCUCCAUCUACUCCCUCAUGGAGGCCCACCGCGUGACGGUGUCCGCCGGGGUACCCACCGUGUGGCUGGCGCUGCUGGCGCACUGCGAGGCGGCGGGGCUGCGAUUCAGCAGCCUGCGCAUGGCGGUGAUUGGGGGGGCGGCGGCGCCGCUGGCCAUGGUGGAGGCGUUUGAGCUCAAGCACGGUGUGGAGGUGCGUCACCUGUGGGGCAUGACGGAGCUCUCACCGCUCGGCACCCUGGGGGACCCCAAGGCCGCAUCGCUGGGCGGCCGCACCCGACCGCGGGAAGGACUGUCAGCAGCCGCCGCAGCUGCAACCCCCCCAGCCGCCGCCACUGCCGCCGCCUCCUACCGCACCGCCUACCUGGCUACCAAGCUGAAGCAGGGGCGCCCGCACGUGCUGUGUGACAUGCGCAUUGUGGACGAUGCGGGGCGGGAGCUGCCGCAUGACGGCCAGGCGGUGGGGCACCUGCAGGUCCGCGGCCCCGCGGUGGUGUCCCGCUACUUCAAGGCGCCGCAGCCUGCAGUGGACUCCGAGGGCUGGUUCGCGACGGGCGAUGUGGCGUCCAUCGACCCGUGGGGCUACAUGAGCAUCACAGACCGCUCCAAGGACGUGAUAAAGAGCGGUGGAGAGUGGAUCAGCAGCAUUGAGAUUGAGAACCUGGCCAUGGGUCACCCGGGUGUGGCUGAGGCGGCGGUGGUGGCCAUCCCUGACGAGCGCUGGGGCGAGCGGCCGCUGCUGGUGGUGGUGCCGCGACCCGGGGUGGAGCCGGACGCGGCGCUGCGGGAGGGGCUGCUGGGAUUCCUGGCGAGCAAGCUGGCCAAGUUCGCGGUGCCCGAUGACGUGGUGUUCGUGCCGCAGAUCCCGCACAACGCCACGGGCAAGGUGUCCAAGCGCACGCUGAGGGACGUCUUCCAGGCGCACAAGCCCCCGCCGCGGGCUAGGCUGUAAUGAAGGGUGCCUUAGCCGUACCUGUGGGGGCCGUACCUCUGCGGUGCCGGUUUCCACGCCGAAGGAUUCGAGGGCAGGUGCUGUGAUGCAGGAAGGCGCCUCAAGGGCGGUAGUGCAUUGCAGAGGUGGGAAGAAAGAGGCGCAUGGCUAUUGGCAGUGGUAGUGUGUCAAGGUAAUUGCCCGCAAGAUGUAGUGUGUAUGUGUGACAGGUGCACGGCGUUGUACCGAGGCUGUGGGUGCCUUCAGCUCUCGCAUGGUUUGAUGGUGGACAGGAACGUGUCCGGUGUGGCAUCAUUGCCUGGGUGUUGUAAUCUUGCCAGUCCGUUUAACUAUAGAUUAUGCUCAUCGUUACCCUGUCGUAACGCCAAAAACAGUUCUGCAUGGUGCCUUUCUUAGGCUUGAAGAUGUUCAUGCAAAAGGCCGAAGCGAUAGUUGCUAAGCUCGACGCCCGUUUCAAGUGCAUGCGUUGUUGUUUCGCUAGGGACGAACCAAACGUUGCAUUGCUUGACUACCAUUUAAUGUAAAUGGCUUGCAAGCGUUGUCGAUCAUUAUAGCAAGAUCGCAAUCGCGACUUGUCGUCCCGGAUUCCCCGUGCGACCCCUGAUUGCUCUAGUACAAACACAUGGAAGGUGCUAUCUUGCUUGUUGUUCUGUCACAAUCCCCAUGACGCUACUGCUGCUUCCGCCGUACGCAUUUUUACAUGCUUUCUGUAAAAGGUACCGAACUGCUUUUGCGCGUUCCUCUUAUUCCUUACAAUUAAACAACAUCAUCAUGCUGGUAUUAUUGUUGGACUUUGCCGUCCUCUGGACAGGUGCCCCGUUGCUGGCAACCACGUCGCUACCGGUACUGGAGACAUACGAAAUUGCCUAUAGCGGCUCCGUAUCAAGUUAUUGUCAGCUUCCUUGUGCGGAUGCCCAUGCCUAAGAGGUGAGGCCACCCGCAAGAUACAUUCCCCCGUUCGCCAGAGCCGCCCAGCCCCGCACCGCCAUCUCCGCUCCCGCC